UAAUUAUCUGGAAAAAAAUGUAACUAGUAUGGCGAUGGUUUUGUGGUGAUUCGUAUGAGAAUACCUGGAGGUAAAUUUGUCAGUGAAAUUUGUGAUAAUGCACACGGAGAAUUGCUACUCGUCGAAGCUGGAUACGUCUGAGGUAUCAUCUGUUCAGUCCACCGUAAACAACGUCUCCAUAUUGGAGGAGGAUCUCGCCCUCAGUUCGUCGACCCUCGGUAAUCAUAUCGGCAGCACGUCAAAAAAAUGUGAGGACAGCUUCGAAGAGCCCGAGUACGUUCCUUAUAAGUCCUCGAACCGAGUGGUUUAUUUAAAUGAGGACACAAUGGACUGUAAUUAUUCGGAAUCCUCUGGAACCCCUCGGAUCCACCCCAGAGUCACCGACCCCACAUCCCCAGAUCUCUUCAACACCGAUUCUGAAACUGAUUCCCCACGACCAAAAAGCUCCACCUUCACGCGAAUUCUCUCCCAGCCAAGUGUCACCAUCUCACCGAGAAAGCCGAGCCUCAGCGAACAAAUCCUGAGAUCCGACGAGUAUCUCUUCCGAAAAAUCAGUAAAUCCCUGACAGGAGUCCCUCCACCUCCCUCCCAUACAAUUUCCCAGAGUGACUGCACGGAUUUUCUCCACUGUAUAAAACAAAAUCGGGAAUAUUUCUGGGCAAAUCCGUUCAAGGAUGAAAAAAAUCUGGAGACAGCUCCUGAAUCAGUGAAAAGUCCCCCAAAAAAUGAGGGAAAGUCCACGAUAAUCCGUAGACCAGGGGGUUUACGUAAUUUGACGAAUGCCUUUGACGCCUGUGAUGCCUCGAGCAGUUCAAUAUCCAUCACGAGAACCUCCGACACGAACACUACAACAGAUUUCUUUGAGACGAGUGCACAUAGCACGACAGAUCUCAGUAGAGAUUUUAGCAGAGAUGUUCAGACGUGCCAGAAAAGCCUUGAGGGAAGUGAAACGACGAGCAUAGCUUCUGAGAGCAAUUUACCAGUGGUGAGGGAUGUUAGUACGAAACGAGUGACAUUUGAUGUUCCUGAAGAGGAUCAUUUGGCUAUUUUUAAGACGAUCGAAGAGAGUCACGCUAGAGCUCUACCCUGGCCCGUCAUCUACCAGCACAAGAGCCAAGGAAUUCAUUACAAUAGAAAUAGAUUCAUCGAGGACUUCGAGAACCUCGCCAUGAGGCUCUGCCAGAGGUACGUAGGUAACGAGACCCAGUCGACGUGCACGUCGUGGUUUACAAAACAAGCGCCAUCGAGUGUGAAAAAACGAACGUUAUUGGGUCGAAGGAAUAUAGGUCAGAGUCCAGGAAAACGUCUGAGUCACUUGGCAAGAAGAAGAAGAACUUUCUCCUCUGCUAAUCUUCAAGGAAUGGCUGAGAAACGACAAUUGAUGCUCAAUCUCAAGAAACCAGGAUUAAAAAAGGGAAAGAGUCCCAGAGGGAAGAGUCCCAGGGGAAAGAGUCCUCGGGGCUCUGCAAAGAAAAAAUUGGCUAGAAAAUUAAUGAUGGAGGGGCCCAGCCCGAGGAAAGUCAAGCUCGAGACGUCUAAACGUGCGUUGUUCCAGAGUCCUCCCAAUGAUCGUGCAGGACCCAGUUUCGUCAGUAAUAAUCAGUCGAGCAAUCCUCAAAGGAUAAAACGAGCUCUAUUUCCCACUCCGAAGAAGAAGGAUGAGCUGGCGACGGGUGGAGAUGACAGGAAGGGAGAGGAGUCGAAGAAGAGGAAGAGCGAUGAGGAUUUGGAGGGACCAAAGAACAAGUGGGCGCGAAAUUUGAGUUUUGAUUGUUCACAUGUGGAGAAUUCCAGGGAUUCGCAGAUCAGUGAAAUGAGUGAUAUCAAUCGAAGGAAAUUACUGUUCGCGGUUUCUGACGCUCUUCGGAGUAAAGGAGUGACAGUUGGGCAUCCAAAAUUCAAACAAUAUGCCGGGCAGCUCGCUAAAAUAGUAAAAAAAUACAUGCCAGACUUGGAGAAUCGAAAUAUUCCGAAGAAGACUGGCAGUACCACCGAUCGAAUGCUCAAACUGGCUAAAACCUACGUGCCACUCGUCAUUGAAUCAACCGCGUCCAGUUAAUCGAAAAAAUAUAGAUAAUUAAAUUA